AUGAGCAGGACGGGUCCUAGCUCUCCCGCUCUCAUGCACAGGAGGUCUCCGUGUUCGUCUGGACAGGCAAGUAUGACCCCAAGGCUCAACAGCACCAACAACUGCCGACGACAGGCCGCCUCAGCCUGGGGGUCAUCCACUGGGCCCAUCCAGACGAACACGAGCCCCUGCCUGAGCAGAGAGCGGGAGCAGCUAGAACCGUCUGCUCUGCGCACGAGCUACGACCCACCAACCAAAAAUAACAACAGUAACACAUGCUACGGCCAGGGCAACGCGUGA